UGCUUCUUCUGGUUGACUUGAAAUUUCCAACAUUCUCAUCUUCCUCUUCAAAUACCGAGGUUUCCAGCCUCAUAUUCAAUCAUCUGAGGCCGUGGAGCGAAAAAAAGAAGCAGAGCAAUAAGCCAUUCUAUAUUUUUAACAAAGCCAAUUUAAGUUAUGGCAAAGAGGCUUGCACUCUUUCUUAUACCCAUCUUUUAUCUAGCUCUAUCUAGCCCUGCACAGAGUCUGCCUUUCAGAGAUUUAUCCUCUGUUAUGGUAUCUGAUGGAAUCCAGGCUGUUGAGAAGCCAACAUUCAUCCAACUUAACAGCUUGAUAUCAUCAGAUACCUGCGAGCAAACCUAUGGAUUUUUGCCAUGCACCACCUCUGUCUUCGGCAAUGUUUUCCUUAUUCUUGUCUAUGGCUACGUGAUGUUCCUGGCUGCCAAGUUUUUGUUCAGUGGAAGUGAAAACUUGCUGCAAAUUCUCGGUCCUGGCAUUAUUGGUGGUCUAUUCUUGCCUGUGUUGAGCUCUGUUCCUGAUGCAGCAAUCAUCCUCGCUUCUGGACUAUCUGGGAGCACGGAAACUGCUCAAAGUCAGGUGUCUGUUGGAAUGGGCUUGAUGGCUGGAUCAAUAAUUAUGCUUUUAACUAUAUUGUGGGGCUCGUGUCUUGUGGUCGGCAAGUGUGACAUUGAAGGUUCCACUGCAGUAGAUUUAAAAGAUACUAAAAGAUUCAGCUUAACUGGGUCUGGGGUGAGCACUGAUAUUUGGACCAGCUAUGCUGCAAGAAUAAUGGUUAUAUCUGUCAUCCCAUUUAUAAUUGUCCAAUUACCACAAUAUUUCCUCACGGCAGCUUCCAGUAGUCAUUUAGUAAUCCUGAUUUCACUUAUCCUCUCCGUUUCUUGUGUGUUUUCUUAUUGCCUAUAUCAGGUAUUCCAGCCAUUGAUUCAGAAGAGAAGAAUUGCAUAUCUAAGGCAUAAGCGUGUAAUCUCGGGAAUUUUGAAACAGUUGAGAUCGGAUACACUGGGAAGGUUCUUUACAGAUGAUGGUCUACCUAAUAUAAAUGUCAUACAAAAGUUAUUCAGCAUAAUCGAUAAGGAUUCAGAUGGAAAACUAUCUGCUAAGGAAUUGAGGGCUGUGAUAGUAGGAAUCCAAUUCGAAGAGACAGAUAUGAACAUCAAUGAAGCUGUUGAACAACUUCUGGAAGACAUGGAUAAAUCACAUGAUUCAUUUAUCGAUAUUCAUGAGUUUGUUGCUGGAAUCUCAAGAUGGCUUAUUAAGGCUAAACAUUCUGCUAAAUGGCGUAGUGGAACUCCCAAGACUCCAGAAAUUUUGAAUGACUUUGAUCAGGAAGGAAGGACAGAGUACGAUCAGCUGGGGGAUGAGACUGAUGGGGUAGUGGAAAGCACUGGAAACUGCAAAUUGAAAGUCUCCAAAGCAGUAUUGAUGCUGCUUAUGGGAACUGUUAUUGCUGCUGUGUGCUCCGAUCCUCUAGUAGAUGCAGUUGACAACUUCUCAACUGCGUCGAGCAUUCCUUCUUUCUUCGUUUCAUUUAUCAUUUUACCAUUUGUUACCUCCAGUGAGGUAGUUUCAACUCUAACUUUUGCCAGCCGGAAGAGGCAGAGAACUGCAUCCUUAACAUACUCAGAGAUAUAUGGAUCUGUGACCAUGAGCAAUAUCCUUUCCCUGUCAGUGUUUCUGGGUCUUGUUUACUUUCGACAGUUGACAUGGGACUUUUCAGCAGAAGUAUUAGUAAUUCUACUUGUUUGCUUAGUGACGGGCCUCAUUGCAAGCUUUCGCACAACCUUUCCACUUUGGAUGUGUUUGUUGGCCUAUGCGCUUUAUCCAUUCUCGUUGCUGUUGGUGUUUGUUCUUGACGAUGUUUUAGGUUGGUCUUGAUCGCAGAGGACCUGGAGCCUUUUAUGGUUAUUGUUAUGUGACUUCAUUACAUAAUUGCAUAAAUUUAGGCUUUUUCGAGGUUCAAAGGCUGUUGUUUUUAGGUGGGGUAUACUAUUAUGUUAUAUAGCGUAUAAUUACCUGUAUUCGACUAUCAGCGGAAAUUAUUUAUCUUUGAGUGAUGACAUGUUCCCACCCA